AUAUUAUCAUAAGAAGUUUUUAAAUGAAGAGAAAGGGAAAGAUUGCCUAAUAAAGACGAGAAUGGAAAAGGAAACAAAAUCAAAAACCAAAGAUAAUAAGAAGAAAAUUUUAAAAGAGGAUAAAACAAAACAUGCUAAGCUUAAUACACAUGCAAACAUUUUUGGGCAUACUUUACAAUUAACGAAUAACAUAGUACCGUUAGUUAUUCCAUCUUUCAAAGAUAUUUCCUCGCCUAUAAUUUAUAACAUCAAAACUUCCAGAAAACAUAGAAGCCACGAGAAGAAACCUGACGUAGCUAGUAUAAAAAAAGAUUUAACAUAUAGCAAAGAGAAAAAACACAAAUUUGAAACAGAUAAAAAAAAGGAAAACAAACUAAAUCAUGAAAGCAACAGUCCUAGAGAAUCGUUAGAUCUAACAUCACAAAACACGUUGGAUGAUUUUAACUUGAAUAUUAAUCAAUCUUGUUCUUUUUCUGAAUCAACUGAUAUUAAAUAUAGAAAAGAGAAUAGUAAACAUAAAAGCAACAAGGGCAAUGCUCAAAAAUAUUUUGUAUCUAGUUCAUUUGAUGCUUUGGCCACGGAAUCAAUGAGCGAUGAAAGCAUUAAAAAGGUUAAAAUACAUUUAAUGAAUGAAUCUGAUAAAGUAAUAUUUAGUGAGUCCAUAAAAAAUCCUAUUAUAAACGCGAUAAAAGAUUGCUUAUCGCAGUUGACCAAUAAUUAUGAUGUCAACGUUAUUAUUACUGAACUAAAAACUGCUCAGAAAAUUAUUAAGUAUAAUAGUCAGAAAUUAGAUGAAGUUUUGAUGAAAUUAGCAUGUUUGGAAAAGAAAAUUACUACGCAUCCUGAACAUACUGCAAAAACUAAUAAAUCUCCAAGGAUUCGGUCCGCACACAAAGCUUCUAAGUUAGAAGAGUUAAGCGAAGAUCUUAUAGAAGUAAAAGAUGAACUCUCGGAAGAAGAUUAUAGUGAAACAUACAAUGUGCCUAAAAGAAGAUUAAGAUACAAUGGUAAAAGCGUAGUCGUUGCGAUUAAUGAAAAUAUUGAGACCAAGGAAGAAAAGAAGAAGGAGACUUUGGGAUGGGGUGAAAAAGUACCAGAAGGAGGAGAUCUGAACGCCUCUUCCUCUGUUAGUCAUCAGGCUGUACAACCUGAUCGUCCAAAUCGAAUACCAGCAAGGUUUUGUUGGACAGACGCGGAUAGAAUGAAAUGA